UGUCCAUCAAUGCCACCUGUUAGUGCCCGUCAAUGCCACCUGCCAGUGCCCAUCAGUGCCACCUAUCAGUGCCAGUCAGUGAUGCCUAUCAUUGCUGCCAAUCAGUGCCACCUAUCAGUGCCAGUCAGUGCCGCCUAUCAGUGUGCAUCAGUGCCACCUAUCAGUGCCGCCUAACAGUGCCAGUCAGUGCAACCUAACAGUGCCAGUCAGUGCCACCUAUCAGUGCCAGUCAGUGCAGCCUAUUAGUGCCACCUAUCAGUG